AUGCGCUUCCUCGUCCAGCUUCAGCUUCUUGCAUUCGUCGCUGCACUAGCGCAUGCUGCCGCUAUGCCCUCGCCGGGUGGAUUGGCGGCCCGCCACGCUGAACCAGCCGUCGGGCACAUCGUGGCGCCCAAGAAGCGUCUCCUGGGUAUCUGUCUCUUUGGGCUCAGUAUAUUAGGAGACUGCGACGGGCCCAAGGCCCCCGCCCCAUCCGCUGUUCCACCCCCCAAUGUCGCUCCCUCCAGCUCCUCGGGGGGCAAUGCUACCGCAAUCCUUUCUUCUGGCGCUGGCCUAGGUCAGUCAUCCUCUCCGGCCUCUAUCACCCCUGCCCCCGCUCCCUCCACCUCGCAGGGUGUCGGUAUCGACCUCAACAUUACCUCGGCCCCCGGUUCUGCUGGUCUCAACUCGACUAUCACCCAGGCUGCAUUCGACCCCUACACUUACGUCUACCCCCAGCCCCCGCUUCCCGCCCGCUCAUACAACACCCCGGACUCUAUUUUCACGGUGGAUGGUGGCACCUUCAUCUCACCAUUCCCCACCACGAGGAGGUACAACUUGGUCAUCGACAAGGCUAAGGGUGCGCCAGAUGGCUUCCUUCGCAUGAUGUUCGUUAUCAACGGACAAUACCCUGCCCCCAAGAUCGAGGCCAACCAGGGCGACACGCUCGAGAUCACCGUCACCAACAAUCUCGACAUUCCCCAGGCACUCCACUGGCAUGGCAUGCGCCAGAAGGGCACCGGCUACGCCGACGGCGUCCCAGGCAUCCACCAGUGUCCCAUCUCGCCCGGACAGACCUUUACGUACAAAUUCAAGGUCGAGGUUGAAGCUGGCACUUACUGGUACCACUCGCACUACGGAAACACCAUGGGCGACGGCCUCAGCGGCGCUCUCAUCAUCCACAAGCGCAACAUGCCCAUGCAGCAGCUCCGUGACUACGACAGCGACCGUAUCGUCUACCUCUCGGACUGGAACGACAACCAGUCGAUGGUCAUCCUUAAAGCGCUACACAACAUGUCCGAGACGUACCGUGGGACGCCUUUCAUGGGCCCGCCCGAUGCCCUGCUCAUCAACGGUGUCGGCCAGACCGACUGCGCCAAGGCACAGAAGGGUGUGCCGUGCACACAGACCAGGAUGCCGAUUAUCAAGGGUGGUCAGAACGACAGGCUGCGCCUCCGACUCAUUAACCACGGCUCCGAAGCUCUCAUUCGCUACUCGAUCGAUAACCAUAUGCUGACGGUCAUCGAGAUCGACGAUACUCCCGUCAAGCCCGUGACCCAGAGCGAGGUCAUGCUCUGGCCUGGGCAGCGCGUUUCCGUCAUCAUCCGCCUCAACCAGGGCCGUUCCGGCUCGCAGUUCUAUAUGCGCGCUCGCAUGGCUCAGAAGUGCUUCAUUACCGAGGAGGUCCGUGAGACAAAGGCCAUCCUCCAGUACACCGGGUUGUUUGGCUGGAAUUGGUUCGGAACCCGGCCGGCCGUCGACAGCCCCUGGGGUGACCUCAAGAGCUCGAGGGACGAACUCUGCCACGAUAUGGACGAGUACCGGACUUACGAACCGUCCAUCAUCGAGCCAUCGCCGAGCGCGAACGGCGUGUCCGUUUUCAACUCGGCGUUCGGCAUCUUCAUCGACUACACUGGGGCCUCGUUUAUCGGCUUUGGCAUGAACGAUGUCACCUACGUCAACUACAUCAACAACCCGCUCCUCAAGCAGAUCAAGAACGGUGCCCAGCUCAACCCUCUGCAUGUUGCCUCGCACACGUGGCCAGCGGCCGGCGCGUACGACCUGAUCUUGAACCAACACGACACGGACCCAAUUGCCCACCCAUUCCACUUGCACGGACGUCCGUUCCACAUCCUGGCGCGUGGCAAGGGCGCGAUCUCUGCCGCGGAUCUUCAGAACAUUCCACUCAACACGGCUAACCCGCUGCGUCGUGACACGCUCUCCAUCCCUGGCUCCUCGUACGCUGUCCUUCGCGUCAUCACCGACGACCCCGGCGUCUGGCCCAUCCACUGCCAUAUCGGAUGGCACGUCGGCGUGGGCAAGCUCGGCGUGCUCGUUGUUCGCCCCGACGACAUCCGCAAAGACAACUACCCUCCGCAGUGGGACGGUUUGUGCGCCGGCAAGGACCCGAACGAGAUCGACUACGUCCGCCGCUCCAGCCUCGGUAUGAACCCCUCCACGGGUCUCGGCGCCGACGACGACUCGGACAUUGUUCACGAGAUCGCCAAGCGCCUCCCCUACCACCAGAAGCGCCAGGCUGUCAACUCCAACGGCACGCACUGGUGGGUCGGCAACACGCCGUACCACGGCCGCCUGCCCCUGGGCCUUGCCCUUUAA